AUGGCCUCACUGCAAGAAUCCUUGGCGGGCCCAGGAUAUGUGAUUCUCAAUGCCAUUCGCGUCAUCAAUAUAAUCGUCUUUCUUGACAUCAUCGCUGCUAGUGCAGUGAUGCUGGUGAAGAUCUCGCUGUUGACCAGCUUUUUCUUCUUCGAGGCAGUCUCUCGUGUGGCUACGGCCGGAGUCAGCAUCUUCCUCAUCAUUUCCGAGCUCCCCAUCUUGCGCGCCUACUUUGACCGCAAUUGGCCUUUACUAGGGCAGGAGUCGGGCUUCAUUACCUUGGCAAUCGCAAUGCUGGUACUGGGAGUGGGUGUGUUGGGCGACCUCAACACGAAGGCGACAAGCCAGGAGUCACUGGGCAUGCCGUUUUGGCGCCUCGUCCUCUCCGCUGGUAUAUUAUCCAUGAUCAUGAGCGUGGUCAACGUGGCUGCGAGCUUCGUGUUCUCUGACCGUGACAUCGGAGUCAGUGCACGACAUGUCCGCCUCUAUGGAGCAGUGGCGCCCCAGAAAGUGGUAUCGCGAGCUGGAAGCCAACGGUCAUUCCAGCUGAGCAUGAAGCGGGAGGAAUCUCUGCCAACAUACAGCCCGCAGAGCUCGGUGCGGAGACACAUGUCUCAGCGGAACAGCACUCGCUUUCCACUCAAGAUUUCCUCGCCACUUAAUCCGAUGAAUAUCAGCGACGCGGCAUCUAACCCGAAUUCCGGCUCCAACAGCAUCAAGUCAUUCCUCAUCUUCUUUGCGCCCAUCAUAAUCCCGCGAGCCAUCAACCUGUACCGCAGCCUGCGCGUGUCGAUAGCGACCAGGCCCCCUCCUCGCCCCGUGCCGCACGAUGCCGCGCGCGCCCUGAACCUCCUCUUCUUCGCCAUCACCUUCUUCCUCCUGCUCAGCCUCCCCUUCAGCCCGCGGGCCCCGCCGCCGAGCAUCUUCACGCUCACGCACUCGCGCAUCAACACCGCCAGCGACGUGCUGUUCGCGCGGCUGGCCCGCCUGCGGCCCGCCAACACCCUGACCGCGACCGACCUCCUCCUCAAAGCCCGGCUCACCUCGCUGCCGGCGCGCAAGCUCUACCUCCGCUUCGGCCCGGACGCCCUGGCCCGCUGCCAGUUCUGCUCGCUCGACCACCCGACCACCUACAUCCUCUACUACCUGCCGUGGCACGUGCUGCUCCCGCAUCUGGGCCACAUGGCCCUCCUGGGUGCCGUCACCGCCCGGCCCCUCACGGGCCCGGACGCCAGCCGAUGGCGCAACACGUUCACGCUCGCCGGCGGCGCCCUGGCCCUGCUGGACCUGUACCUGGCCUUCGGCUACGACCCCGUGCAGACGGGGCCCGCCGCCGUGCGCGCCGGGUCCGUCACCGUGCCCCCCGCCGCGUACUACCAGCUGGGUCUGCUGCGGCCCCUGGCCCUCGCCGUCGUGGAUGGCAUCGCCGCCCUGCUGAUCUACCUCUCCGCCACCCGCCGGUUCUUCUACGCGCCGCCGUCCCAGGCCGAGCAGGUCGGCCAGCUCGUGUCGGCCGCGCUGUCCGCGCUCAGCGGUGCCACGUCCAAACUGCACGCCCUAAGCGUCACCCGCAACACGGUGGAUCGCGAUGAUGCCUACUGGCGGACGGUGGUCGCGCUGGAUGUGGACAACCCGGCGGCGCUCCGGGAGGGGGCGCGGCAGGUGGUAAGGGAAGAUGGGCCGGGCGCGCCGCCGGCUGCCUCGUCGGCGGCACCAGCCUCGAUCUGGGAGGAAGAGGAAGUGGUCCGUGCCAUGUCGCGCGCCAUGGCUGGGCAGGGCGGGGUGGACCUGGCCAAGUUGGGGAUGGACGCUGCAGAGUAUGUAAAUACCAUCACUAAGGGGCUGGAUGGUGCGGGUCAGUAG